AUGGCAUGCAGAAAAGAUAUCAUCAUGCCAACAUAUGGGAACAACUCUUUCCAUCCUUCUUUUUUCAUUCUUCUUGGAAUCCCAGGAUUGGAAAAAGCCCAGUUCUGGAUUGCCUUCCCGUUUUGUGCCAUGUAUGCUGUGGCCAUGGUGGGAAAUAUCAUAAUACUUCAUGUGAUACGUACCGAUCACACCCUCCAUGAGCCCAUGUACCUCUUCCUGGCAAUGCUAGCUUUCAAUGACUUAGUUCUGUCUUCUUCCACCCUUCCCAAGAUGCUGGGAAUCUUCUGGUUUGGUUCUUGUAAGAUUGAGUAUCAUGCCUGCCUCACUCAGGUUUUCUUCAUUCAUACUUUCUCUUCUGUGGAGUCAGGGAUUCUCAUGGCAAUGGCCCUGGAUCGUUAUGUAGCCAUCUGUUUCCCACUCCGCCAUUCAACAAUCCUAUCUCCCUUAGUAGUGGCCAAAUUAGGUAUGGCCGUGAUGGCAAGAGGUGUGUUGUUGGUAAGCCCAUUCUGUUUUAUGGUCACCUGGAAGCCCUUUUGCCAUAAUAGAAUCAUUCCUCAGUCAUACUGUGAACAUAUGGCUGUACUGAAACUUGUAUGUGCAGAUACCAGAGCAAAUCGUGGAUAUGGUCUUUUUGUGGCUUUCUCUGUAGGUGCUUUUGACAUCAUAAUCAUUGCUAUAUCCUAUAUCAUGAUCCUGCAGGCUGUAUUACGUCUGCCUUCUGGGGAUGCCCGACUCAAGGCAUUUGGUACAUGCGCCUCACAUAUUUGUGUUAUUCUGGCCUUGUAUAUACCUGCCCUUUUCACCUUUCUGUCCCAUCGUUUUGGCCAUCAUGUGCCCCAAGUAGUCCAUGUAAUGUUGGCCAAUGUUUACCUCCUGGUUCCCCCAAUGCUGAACCCCAUCAUCUAUGGAGUAAAAACCAAACAGAUUUGGGAUAGAGUAGUAAAUACUUUUUGCCAGAAGGUACCUUGA